AUUAUCAUUAUCAUAUAUAUACAUAUAUAUAUACAUUGUAUACGUAGAAUACUUUUUUUUUCACAGUAACGUCAGACACAUUUCAUUUCAACUACACUUUUAACGGCCGAAUAGGAAUCCUCGGCGAAAAUGCCGCAGACUCCAUCUGAUGGCGAAAUAGAAAAUUUCAUCAAGAAAUAUUCCCUAUACUUGAUAGAUUGUUUCCAACAUAUUGGUAGCAUUGUAAUAUGGUAAUUUUUAUUUUAGAAGAUAUUCGAAGAACCUAACCGUGCACAAGUUAUUAAAUGAUAAAAUGGUGUGAUACGUUUUGUUCGUCGUGUACGUAAAUUAGAGUAUUUACAUUGUCUGCAAAAUGUCGAUUCCUCUUAGCGGAGCGUUCGCUACACGCUCUCGUGGUUUAAUGAGCUCUAUCGCUAAAGAAAUGAGAGCGAUUAAUUUCAAAUUAGUUGAUAAAAUCGUCGUACAGUUUGAUCCCUUUUACAAGAAUGUUAACGAAACGAGAAAGUUUCUUUUUCAUAUAUCAAGCAAGGCAGUUAAGAAAACAAAUCCUCUGUGUGCAUUAAAAACCAAAAUUGUCUGCGAUCAAUCUGAGCCUAUCGUUACAUUCGAUCUUACAUCAGGAAACAAAGUAAUAUUCAAGUGUGGAAAUUUGAACGUUUUGAAUAUUUUACAAUAUUGCAACAAACAUGUCAGUUCUUUAGUUCCACCUCCUGAAAAGACACCUAAAGAAAUAUUGCUUGAGGAGAAAAAGAAACAGAGAAAGAAGAAAUGGCAGAAAAUCAAACCAUUUGCUAAAAGAAGAGGUGUAUUUUAUUAAAAUUCAAAUUUGAAUUAAACCAGAGAAAUAUAUAUUGAG